UAUUAUUUCACCCUCUCUCGAUGCAUACAUACAUCCGAUCCUGUAAAUAGAAACUGCAAAAUUUCUUAAUCCAUCCAUCAAUAUAAUCCUUCAACAUAUAUAUCAUGAAGUUUUCCAUGAAACCUGUACGGCCAUGCACCUUAAAACCACCCACUACCCUCCCACCACUACACAACAGGUGCGUCACAACUCGACCGCCACUAAGUUCUAGAACAAUCCUCAGCAUGCAAAUCCAAGUUCCAAUAAUGAACCGCCGGAGUUCGAGCUCCGACGACGGCGGCGGCCUGAGUUUGAGCCAGCGGUGGAUGGAUUAUCAGGGGAUCAAGAACUGGGAAGGGCUGCUUGAUCCUCUAGACGAUACUUUGCGGGAAGAGAUUAUAAGGUACGGGAGCUUCGUGGAGGCGGCGUAUAGGUCGUACGAGUUUGAUCCGGCGUCGCCGGGGUACUCCCAUUGCCGCCACUCCAAGGCCAAGCUUCUGAGCCGGGCCGGGUUCCCCGCUACCGGGUACCGGGUUUCCAGGAAUCUCAGCGCCACCAGCGGGAUUCAGCUGCCGCGCUGGGCGGAAAAGACGCCGGAAUGGAUGUCCGUGCAGUCGAGCUGGAUAGGUUUCGUGGCGGUUUGUCAAGAUAAGAGGGAGAUCGAGCGGCUUGGCCGCCGUGACGUGGUGAUUGCGUUACGCGGCACGGCGACUUGCUUGGAAUGGCUGGAGAAUCUGAGAGCCACCCUCACUCCCCUCCCGGCCGCCGCCGCCGCCGUCGGCGGCGGCGGCGAUUAUGAGUGCGGGCCGAUGGUGGAGAGUGGGUUUCUCAGUUUAUACACGUCAAGUGUGGGAUCUUCUCAGAGCUUACAGAGCUCCAUAAGAGACGAAAUUUCAAGAAUCCUCAAGGUUUACGGCGACGAGCCUCUAAGCAUCACCAUCUCCGGCCAUUCCCUCGGCGCCGCCCUCGCCAUCCUAACAGCGUACGACAUCAAACAGACAUUCCAAAACCUACCCCACGUAACCGUCAUGUCGUUCGGCGGCCCCCGUGUCGGAAACCCAAGUUUCCGGUGCCAUUUGGAGAGACAAGGAACCAAAGUCCUGAGAAUAGUAAACUCCGACGACCCCAUAACCAAAGUCCCCGGUUUCGUCAUCGACAACGACGACACCGACACUGACAACAACGUAAGAAUUAACAACAUUGAGGCUCGCUACAUGGCGAACAUUUCCGGCUGGUUUCAGAAGCUGGUAGAGGACACGCAAUGGGUUUACGCCGACGUCGGCUGCGAGCUCCGGCUGAGCAGCCGGGACUCCCCGUCCCACAGCGGCAUUAGCAUCGCCGCCUGCCACGACCUCCGGACAUAUCUCGAUCUCGUCAGCGGCUUCGUCAGCUCCAACUGUCCGAUCAGAGCCACCGCCCGGAAAAUUAUUAGUUGCGGGAGCUAAAAAGAUCGAACCAAUCAGUCACCAUAGACAAAAGGUCCAUGCAGAAAAGAUUGUACGGACAUGGUCCAAUGUUAAUAUACCUGGAUUAACAGUUAACUCUUCACCGGCCCUAAUCAUGGAGGUGCCGGUGUCCACGUGUACAACUAACGAACACAACCUUAAAAUUCUUUUCUUUUUGAUACAUUACAUAUCUA